AUGACUCAACCGAUUGGAGAAGAGUUUCAAAUACCCAAGCCCAAAGUUCUUGGUCCUAGGAAUGAUCCGUUGGAUAUUAUACAAACGAGACUGCGUACGCAUGGCCGACCAGCAAGCAUAGCAGGACCGAUGGUACGCUAUUCUAAAUUACCCUUUCGUCAAGUCUGCCGGCACUAUGAUGUUGAUAUAGUGUACACACCUAUGAUUCUAGCUCGCGAGUUUGUUCGAAAUUCCCAUGCAAGAAUGGCAGAUUUCUCCACGAACAAGGGUGAUGCACCAUUAAUUGUCCAGGUUGGGGUUAACAACGUGAGUGAUUUACUGAAAUUUGUGGAGAUGGUUGCACCGUACUGCGAUGGAGUCGGCAUAAAUUGUGGGUGCCCAAUAAGAGAACAAAUUCGUGAAGGUAUUGGCUGUGCCUUAAUUUAUAAUCCUGAUCUAUUAUGUUCUAUGGUCUCAGCUGUGAAACAGAAGUAUGGUGAAAAGCUUCGAUUGGAGACCAAAAUUAGGAUACAUGAAAACCUGGAUGAGACUGUCACACUCUGUAAACGAUUAUGCGACGCUGGUGUCGAUUGGAUUACAAUUCACGGCAGGACAAGAACGACAAGAUCAUCUGUUCCAGCCAAUUUCGAAGCAAUCAAGUAUGUUGUCGACAGGCUCGGCGACAAACAUGUCCCUAUAAUAGCUAACGGUGAUUGUUUCUCGAGGCAAGAUUUGCAAAGAAUUACAGAAAUAACUGGAGUUGACGGUGUCAUGGCUGUCAGAGGUUUACUAAACAAUCCGGCAAUGUUGUCUGGGUAUGACACUUGUCCAUGGGGCUGUGUAGAAUUGUUUUGGCAUUAUGCACUUGAAUAUGGUGGUCUACCGUAUCAAUUACUACAGCAUCAUUUAUUUUGUAUGUUGGAAAACAUGCAACUUAAGAAAUCUCUGUUGAAAAAACUAAUGACAAUACAGUGCACCGCUGAGCUUCUUGAUUGGUUCGACGAGAAUUUUAUUCUCAAGAGACAUGGAGAGCCUGGAUUUGCAGUGCAAAAGGAUAUUCCAUAUAAAUAG